CUCGCUUGGUGAAGGAAGCGGCAGUUCAUCCCACGGCGUGACCACAUCUGCCGACAUGUUUUCUGCGGUGCUGAAGGUGUGUCUGCUGGCAGCCACCGCCCUGGCUCUGCCCGGCGGCUCUGGAGGCGGCUUUGGCGGUGGCUUUGGCGGCAGAUACGGAGGCGGCGGCGGCGGCGGUGGUGGUCAUGGUGGUGGCGGCGGCGGCGGGUUUGGUGGUGGAUAUGGAGGUGGCGGCGGUGGUGGCGGCGGCGGCGGCGGCAGCGGUUAUGGCGGCGGCUAUGGAGGCGGUAUUGCAGUACCCAUCCCUUACAACUUCGACUACGGCGUCUCAGCGGGCAGCACCAACUUUGGCCACAGCGAGAGCGGUGACGGUCGCGGCAACGCCCACGGCGGCUACUGGGUUAACCUGCCCGACGGUCGCGUGCAGAAAGUUGACUACUGGGCUGACGGCAGCGGCUACCACCCGGUGGUGACUUACCAGGGCACCGCCGUCUUCCCCGCCGGCAGUGGCGGAUACGGAUACCACUGAUGAAGACACAGAAUCCAUAAGUGUGCCACAAGACUCUAGUAAAUAUUGAAUGACACUGUACUGCACUACACGUACCAUUGUAAUUGUCGCCACUUAUCAAAUAAAGCGCUGCAGGUGAA